UCUGUCGGUUUGUGUUCAUCUCGAAGCCACUGAUAUAACGGACACAAGAGAAGAGCACAUCGUUCUCUCUGGAUGAUAUUCACAUGGUUUUCCUCAGCUGCUCUUCCGUGCAGGCGGAGCGACCUGCAGAACACUGCAUGCUAUUUUUUAAGAAGUUACAACCCAAGCAGCUCCCACCACCGGCUAACAGCUAGCCGCCUGUAGUGAAAUAACGUCAGACGUAUUGGUGCCUGGCUAGCUAGCGUACUGUAUAUCUGUAAAUUAGCCUAGCGCAGGGGGGAGCUAGCCACCGGAGCCUGCUGGCACCGCUCAAUGACUCUCCUGUGGGUCUCACUGGAUCUAACGAGUUGUCUGUGUGGACUCUACAACCAAGAGGAAACGAACAGUGGCUGAAUCCAUUCACCGAGUUUGGACUGUGGGAAACUGCAAAGCCCCUCGCAGGUGUGGUAUCCUGUCCAUGAUCCUGAUUUCCGGACUUUUUUUCGUGACCCAGAAUUUGUUGAGUCGCAAUACUGCCAACUCUUUGUGUGGUUCACAUACUCGAAGGGAUCAACAUCACAAACAAGAAGUCCUAUGUUCAGCAUUGGAUGUGGGAAAUGUGCUUGCUGUUCUGUUUUCAAGACCGGUGAGGGAUACGUCAAACCUGAAAUGUAUCAAGAUGCUUAUGGCUAGAAGACUCCCUUCAACACUCAAAGGCUGCAUUUUUUCACAUUUUUGACGAGUUACAUUUUGGGCCAGACAGGCUGUAUCAUCGAAGGGAUUGUAGUGGGGGAGUGUUUUCCAAGCCUGAGUGACCUCUUCCUGGGAAGGAAAUAGAGGAAAAGGCCCUGGACGUCGCUGGAGACAAGGGCAAAGAAAGAAAAGGGAUCGUUGCUGGGAGGCCAACAGUUACGUAACUGGAAGCCGAAGUUGUCCACCAAUGGAGUGGAACGAGGAAACCAAUGGAGGGAACUGAGUUGUUCUGUGUUGCCUUUGCUGGUUGAUAUGAGAAAGGCCAUUAUCUGCUCUGUACAUGUCCCCUAGACAUGAUGGAUGAACACUGUAAUUUUAGCUCUGUCUCAACAAUUUAAUUUACAUGGAUACUGAUGGGUGUUCUACUGGAUUUUUCUCACGAUGUGCUGGAAAGAACCACACCAUCACUUCCAGUUUCCACAUACCCGUUGCAGCUGGCAAGUGAGGUGGUUUAAAUCAGCCACCGGGGGGGUUUAGGGAUGCCCCGACACAGGAAAACCAGGCUACUCCACUGGCCCACUUACAGACUGCCGUUUCUAGUACGAGUCCUGGACUGAAAGCGAAGAGGUCUUUUUUUUAUUUUACAAGGCCUUCUUUCACACAGCUAACCCUGCCCAGACUGCUGUUCUCUCGAUUCUGAAAACUUCAAAUUUGAAUGAAUAGGAAUCUCCGCACACAGACUUAGCUUCAUUUUAGGUAUUAAUCUGCACUUUUUGAAGGUGAAAAAGGUCAUGGGGAAGGAAAAGGGAUAGCAGCCCUAGACUUAUUUAUUUUACGAACUUCUCUCCUUUUACCUCUCACUUCUCUCAUCUUUUAAUUUCUUCCUCUUUUCCUUAUUAGUUAAUCUAGUACCAAACAGGUUUACCUCUGCCAACUCUGGUACCUCAAUAAACUCCCAUUUAAAGACCAAACAAAUCAACCUGGACCAGUUUUCUGUAUUUUAGCAUAUGAUGUGACUUAGAUGGCACAAAUCACCAAAUAACUAAAUUAACGUGCUUUAUCAGAAGGGAUAGAAUGGGUUAUUACAUCUAAUUAAACAGCCAUAUUUUUAAUUGCACUAUUAUCAUGAUUUUCACCAAGCCUUUAUUCACCUUGAUAUAUAUGGACCUCUAAGAAUGAUCAGUUUCUAUUGGCUUUUAUGACUAUGGCUGGAACACAGUGUUGUUUAUGUGCCUCCAACUUGUUUACCCCUUUAUAAUCUGUGGCUUAUUUGUUCAUCCCGCCUUACCACCUGCUUUUGAAGCUGACAGGGAAACAAGGCUUUUACAACUGAGAGACUUUUAAGCUUCUUUGAAUCUUACACACAGUAGAUCUGGAUUGACUUAAGAAUCUAAAAACAAGCACCACUCCUCAAAUGAAGUAGGGACUUUUCCCUUUUUUCCACUUGAAAGAGGAAACCCUUCUCAACUGUUCCAUCAUUUCCUUUGUGCACUUCCUUUGCAAUUUAUUCCUUUUGCCAAUCUGUUAUUUUUAAUUUUCGAUCUACAAAUCCACUCAAUGCAUGUAAAGAAACAUUUAAACUUUAAAGACAAAUUCCUUGGCAUAGCAGUUGCUGUACAUACAAACACCACACACAGGAAGUGAUGCCAGGUGUCAGCAGUAAGAGUGGAGGGCGGGGUCCAUCUUCGUCACCCCUCCCCCACACAGUGGUCCCGCCCAGCAGACCCCUGCGACCCUCUCGCUACGUCCCUGUGUCGGCAGCCACGUUCUUCCUCGUUGGUUCCACCACGCUGUUCUUCUGCUUUACGUGUCCGUGGCUUUCCGAGCGCUUCUCAGUAGCGGUGCCCAUCUACAAUGGAGUCAUCUUCCUGUUUGUUUUGGCUAACUUUUGUAUGGCCACAUUUAUGGACCCUGGCAUCUUCCCAAGAGCCGAGGAGGACGAGGACAAGGAGGACGAUUUCCGUGCUCCCCUCUACAAGACAGUGGAGAUCAGAGGGAUCCAGGUCAGGAUGAAGUGGUGUUCAACCUGCCGCUUCUACAGGCCACCACGGUGUUCCCACUGCUCCGUCUGCGACAACUGUGUCGAGGACUUUGACCACCACUGUCCGUGGGUGAACAACUGCAUCGGUAGGAGGAACUACCGCUACUUCUUUCUCUUCCUGCUGUCUCUGACGGCUCACAUCAUGGCCGUGUUUGGCUUUGGACUGCUGUUCAUCCUUUACCAUCGGCAGAACAUUGACCGCCUGCAGGCCAUCGUCACGCUGGCUGUAAUGUGUGUUGCGGGUCUGUUCUUUAUCCCUGUUGCUGGCCUCACUGGUUUCCAUAUGGUGCUUGUGGCCAGAGGCAGAACUACAAAUGAACAGGUGACAGGAAAGUUCAGAGGAGGUGUUAACCCUUUCACCAAUGGCUGUUGGAAGAAUGUCUCUCAUGUCCUCUGCAGCUCACAGGCACCCAGGUACCUGGGCAGGAAGAAGUGUGUGCAAAGUGUGUGUGUGCAGCCUCCUUUUCUGCGGCCACAGCUUACAGAGGCCCAACUGGCUGCAAAGAUCCUGGACAACGGCAUACAGGGAGACCUGCACCGGUCCAGGUCAAGUCUGGAGAUGAUGGAGAGCCAGUCAUGUGAUGCUGAGCCGCCUCCUCCACCUAAACCAGAGCUCCGCUACCCUGGAAUCACCAGAGGAAACACGGAGGAGUGCAGUCUACUAAACAAAGCCCCUCCCACCCCCACCAUGUACAAAUACAGGCCCACAUACAGCCCUGGAAAGAACCACACAGCACUCACACAUGCUUACGCCAACCAGUUAAGUCGAGGAGAGAGCGUUGGCAGUGCCAGGGACUCCUCCUCCUCCACCUCCUCCCUCCUCCAGGCCAGCCAGCAGCCUGGUUUCCGCUCCCAGCCCAGCCUGGACCGGCGGGAAGCUUCGUCCGACAGAAUGGGAGGGGGAGGAGGUGGGAAGAGGAGGGAGGGAUGCAGGGAGGUGGUAGGGGGGGGCAUACCUGGCUACACCCUUGGCGGACGCUCGUACCCCUCCUUCUCCGACCCCACAGUCCUAUCGGGCGUGGCGUCGCGAUCUUCCAGCUCGACGCACACCUCAGCUGGCGCCGCCCACAUCUCUGAAGCAACCACAACCUCAGCCAGUUUCAAGAGCUUGGCCAAUCAGACGCCCCCGGCUCAACACGCGUCUCGCAAUGGGAGCCUGUCGUAUGACAGCAUACUGGCUGGGGGGGAUGAAUACGACAAGGGGGGGGUAGUGGGUUCAGCAGCCCCUGAGCUUUCCUCUGGGAGACCCUGCACACCAGCAGCAGGCAGCUACGGCCCCCCCUUCAUAGCGUCACAACAGAGGGAUGCUGAGCUGCACCCCCAGUCGUCCCAGUCUCCCCAUCACCACCACCGCUCUGCCCACCACCACCACCACCACCACCACUCCUUCCUCCAUCGCUCCUCCUCUUCCACAUCCUCCUCCCCACCACCUCCUCCAGAGAGGGAACGCCUACUGGGGGAGCCCCAACCUGGCGCUCACACCCUAUCAGCCAAUCAUGCCUCAGCCCCACCUCCCCCACAUCAUCACCACCAUUCCCACCAUCACCAACACCACUCCCACCAUCAUCACCACCACUCCUCGUCCUCUUCCUCCACCUCCCAUCCUCCCCGUUUCUCUGCCCCUCACGCCCCGCCCCACCACGCCUACCCCUACCGCACCCGCUCCACUGACACGCCUCUGGGCUCCUCCACCACCUCCACUACCCACCCUCCCCGCUCCCCACAUCCCCCUCCUCUGGGCAAGUCGCUCUCGUACUCCAGCGCCGCCGCGGCUGAAAUGCAAUACCGGCUAGUCCGCAAAGCCUCCGCGUCAGCUGGAGCGAAUGCAGCGGGGGUUGGAGGAGGAGGAGGAGGAGGAGGAGGAGGAAUACAAGCGCCAAAGGAUGAGCUGAUCCAGGUGAAACAUUUGAGUCGGACCAACGGUGGUCAGCCCUUCUCAUCCUCUUCCUCCUCCUGCUCUGCCCCUUCCUCUCCCUGUCACCCAGUCAGCAUGUCCACUCGGCCGGCGGUGGCCUUCCCCAGCUCAGCUUUGACGCAGAGCCCUGCCCCCAAGCCCCAGGGCGGUGGGGUCAAGAAGGUGACGGGCGUCGGAGGCACAACCUAUGAGAUUUCUGUGUGAGUGGCAGCUUGCCGCCACUGUGAGGACCAAUGAAACGAGCUGGAGAUCUGCGUUUCCUUCUGCCUGACGGGGAAAUAGUGCGUUUUCUUAGAACAAAAGAACAGUGACUUACAUGAAUGAGUGGAACUAUGUCCAGAUCUUACCCGUCAUGGCAGGGUUAAACUGUGUUGGACUAUCCUGCCUGCAGACACCUACUUAGUAUCCUGCUGGGGAGAUGACUGGAAGCCUAGCCUGGUGUGGGCCAGAACUCACUGGCUCUGGGCUAUGAAUGACAUCACUGGACAACAUACAGACAUUUUGUGGGUUUUAUCCGCAUUGUAGCUAAGUAGGUAGCAUGAGGCGCUAGCAUGGACAGGUCUGGGUGUUUUGUUGUACAAGUUUUGCAGCAGGAGGCGUUACCACUGCCAGGGUCAGGAUCCUGAUCUCCACUGGGGCCACCAGUCAGCUCUGCAUCACAAGGUCCAUAUCAACACAUUUGGCCUGACUCUGCAUUUAGGUUAGAAUUUUUGCAGAUGUAGACCAUCACUAAGCAAACAACUCCAAGAUAAGGAUGAUUCUACUAAAAAUCAACAGUCCUUGGAACCCUAUCCAAAUCAAGGAAGGAUCUGUUCAAGGUCAAGGGCUCCCCAUAUACAAGCAGUUUGGUGUAAACUACCUGAAUGGUCAAUCAGAUGAAGUCAGCCAGGGUUUUUUAAUACAAGCUCUGGCUCCAGUCGUCAGUUAAACUUUGUAGUCUGUAAGGCAGAGGCCAGCUGUAUCACUUACAGACUCCCAGUCAAUCAUGGAACUGCCCAACACAACGCAGCAGCUCAGUCAUCAGGCAGUUAGUAGAUCUGCUGAGGACAAUCUGCCUGUGUGCAGAAGCAGCUCCACCCUGUUGCUGCAUGAAGUGAACUGCCUUCUGAUGGAGGGAGAAGAAAUGUGACAUUGAAAACAGACAAAGCUGAUCCCCUCUAUCUUUGAUUCAUUUGUUGAUUUAUUCCUAGAUGUGAAAAUGAUUCCAUGUUUGUACAGGAUGAUGUGAUUUUUUUUAAAUGUGGAUUUUUUAAAGAAAAAAAGUGGCGUUGAUACUGGACUGCAGCAUGCACUUCUAUUACUACUUGCCACUAUAGGGCCGCUGUGUUUGAACCAACAGGAAGUCAGGAAACUAAAGUGAAAAAAUAAAUAAUGUUUUGGCUUUUUUGUGGUUAAUGGUGUCCUUGAGAAAAGGCAAACUUUCCAGGGAACAGCUCAUGGAAUUAAUUUUCUAAAAAUAAUUGAGUGUUGUCAUUUUUUUUAUUUCACCUAUUUAAUUUUUGAUUGUUUUAUAUGAAUUUAUAUGGAAAUAUAGCUAUUGAUUAAUGAAGAAUUUUUAAUAUUGACUCAAAAGACAGUUUGUGUUAGUGUUAGAAUGGGGAUAAAAAAAAGAAUAAAUCUAGUUGGUGUCAUUGUUGCUCCACAGUCGAUACACCGUUUUCUUAGAAAGACCUAUUUCUAAUGUCCAGUGUUCCAAGAUUACAUUAGAAUAAAGGGUGCUGGAACCUCUCAGACCAGAUGACUGAUCUAUAAGAUUUACAGUAAAAUGACAUCUACAGUAUGAGUAUGACUGUUCUUUCACUGAAUAUUAAGGCUACUGAUGAAACAAAUGAGAUUUCCAUAAUUAAAUGUUGAAACAAAGAGAAAAGGUUUCCGAAAAAGUGUUUGGAGAUUAAAUAUCACUUUGACAGAUACUUGAAGUUUAGCUCAGGUCCUCCCAAUUCUCUUGAUUCAACAUCGGUUCAUUCUUUUUUUUGGAAAGGACCGAAAAACACCAACUGUCUGUAUAAGGUCUCAAAAUUUGACAGUUUACAUCAGAGCAAAACCAAUCCACAAGGUGGAAGGAUCUGUCUGCAGAGCUCGGUUUGAGAUGCCAUCAUAAACUUUCUGCUGCAAGUUUUCUUUAUGAUUCUCUGGAACAAGCAGGACUCUUCAUCGACCUGACUGCCACAGUGAACAACCUGAUGAGAAGGGCCUUAGUUACAUAUCCAGCUCUGAACAGAUCAGUGGUCAGUCUGGCUGAGCUCAUGCAUGAAGACAGACUUGCAGAAGGAAGUUCAUUAGAUCAAUGAAAUGCUAGAAGUCAUUACAAAAAUCUAUGUUACUAUUUCAAAACUUAAAUAAGUCACGAAAGCCAAAGUCACUUGAUUUGUCUCAGAUCAGAUACUUAUUUACACACAUAUGAAGUAAACUGUGUACAAAGUAUAGACUUACCACUGGCACAGUGCAUGAAUUUGAACAGGGUAGUGGUGUUGGGCCUUUAUCCAUCCACAGUAAAUGACGAUCAAAAUAUGACCAUAAUUGAUGCCUGCUAAAAUAUUUACCAGCUUCUUUUCUCACUCGGUAUUUGCUGCCUUCAAAUGGAACAGUUAGUGUAAAUGGUGUGUUUAGUGAUCAAGUGUUUCAUUUGUCUAAACACUGUUGCUAGGCAACAGCAGCAUGGUCACUUCUAAUAUAAUUUAUAUUAACUGGCAGCAUCUAGAAGCCACAGUGUGGCUAACAACAACAGACUUUCCUUAGACAUAUUAUAGAAUAACAAAGAAAAAACUGACAAGAAUUAAUAAUGUUAACUUUCUCUUUCAGAAGAGGGUGGCCGUCAAAUGGGCUGUUAUCUUAAAUGUGGUAAUCAUGACACCGUUUGAGGGCGGCAUUAAAAAUGCACUUUAUUACUUUCUUGUGUAUGUGUGUUCCCGCCUGUUUUACAGACCGUGGUCAUAACGCCCAUGACAUCUCCUCGUUCCACCUUUUUCAGUUUGAAUAUAUAGUUGUCUCCUCUUUCCACUAAGACAAGACGGAUGGAACUUAUUGACUAAGUCCAUUGUCUGAGGACUUAGAUUUCCCCAAACUUGUCUGCAUGAAUUCACUUACACUCAAAAUUAUCAAAUAGAGACAGGACUUAUAUCAGAAGGAAACCCUCUAUCUGGACAGCAAAGUGUAUUCAUCUGAAACUGAAUUGACUUUUUAAUGUCCAUGUUUUAGCAUUUCUUGGCUGUCGAUUUAUCCUGUGCAGUAUUGAAACAGUGGCCUUAAUAAUGUUGUCAUAUUUAAAGUGUGAACAGGGUGUGUGAAUUUCCUCUGGGCUCCAAACAUUUUAAACUUAAACCUCAUUUGUCAGUGAAGGGGUUUCGAGAUACACUUAAAAGAAGAUUACACAAACUAAGUUGGGCUAAAAAAGGUUUAAAUCAGAUAUAAAUAUGCCAUGGGAAAGGAUCUUAACUCUAAACAUUAACAGAUGAGGCCUCUAGUAAGAGAACAUGUCUUCAGUGAUGGAAUAUGUUUGCUCAAGUUUGAUGACAGCUGGAUGGGUGUCAGCUGUAGCAGUGCGUUGCACCCUUUAAACUGAGAUUUAGAUCCACAUUAAGUUUACAGCACAACCUAAAUCUGACUUUGAAACAAAUUACACCAGCCUUCUUGUUUGUUUUUUUUGCCCCAUUCAGUGAGAUUGUGUCGAAAUUUAGUUUUUUUGCUGAGCCUUUGCAUAAGAAUAAUUAAUGGCCCCUGAACCAGCAACCUUUAUGUAACUAUGUCAUCACGAUGAUGUAACUAUGUCAUCCCUCUUUAAGUCAAUCUAUGGCCAUGUUGUCUUUGUCCAGAUAGAAAUACAAAGAGCAACACAUUACUCAGUAUUGGACAGAAUAUGACCAGUUAUAUAAAAUAAAUAAAGCACACUCUAGCGCCAGAGAGAGGGAUGUUUUCAGGAAAUGUGUUUUCUAAUUCAGCUUGGUUCUUCAUUCUGCUGUAACUUGUGUCCAGUUGGAGCACAGCUCUUUGGCUGAGCCGAAUGCCUGGUGGAUGAGGACAGGGGGCUUGAGGUGUAUGUUAGAUAGCACAGUUUCGGCACAGUUUCUAAGACAUAGCUGGGAAGCUGAAAUACAAGUGAAAGAAAUGCCAAAUAUGUGGAUUGUACAGUUAAUACGUGUGUGUGAGUGAAUUUGUGGCUGGGGCUGGGGGGAUUGAUAAUAAACCUUAAACAAA